UCACGCCGCCUUAGGCGGGGUAGCGCUGUAAUUUCUUGCGAGCUCAUUAUAUUUAUAUAUCACUCUCAUGGCGUCCCGUCGUCGUUCCUCCCUGCUGCUGCCGCUGCUGCCGCCGCCGCCCAUCCAUAUUCCAUAGGCACCACCUAAGGGAUUGUUUUGAAGGAGCGAGACGAUGACCAGUGUUUGGAAGACCAAGGUUCUGCCUGGGCUCAGCAAGAUCUUUGACAAGGAUGGCAAGAAGGCCGCUGCCGUUGACUUCUUGAAAUCUUUCAACAAGGAGGAGAUCGGCAAGGAGAUUGAGGACAACAAGACAGAGCUGGAGCCCAAGGUUCUGGAGGUUUACGAUGCAUCUCCUGCCGAGGUUAAGGCUUUGUUCAAGGAUAAGAAACCAGCCAAGAUCACCAAGAAGAACUCGGCUGCAGUUACCAAGUUCCUUGACCAAUUGGCUAAGAUUGAAUUCCCGGGAGCCAAGCUGGUGAGCGACGCGGUGGCCAAGUCCGGCACCACGCCCCUCUCCCCGGCGAUCGUCUUCAUCUUGGACAAGGUCGCGCCGUUCAUCCCCAAGGAAGAGCCCAAGGCCGAAGCGGAGGCUCCCGCCGCCGCGGCCACCUCCCGGGAAGUUGCCGUGGAGGAGGAGAAGAAGAAGGAGGCGGCCGAGCCUGCCGCCGCUGAAGAGAAGGAGGAGGAGGAGAAGGAGAAGCCGGCCGAAGCCGAAGCCGCGACGCCAGCCGAGGUGGAGGAGAAGAAGAAGUGAUCAUUGAACAAGGAAAGCUACCUCCUAGUAAAUUAAAAAAAGUUACCGUGAAAUUAUAUAGUUAAUCUUUCGUGAACGUAGCUGCACAAAGUGAUCGAGUGAGGUGAACACACUUGCCAUGCAUGCAAACUUUGCAUGGGUGGAUGCAUGAGCAUUUGUUAUUCGUUCUUUCACCUCGAUCCAUGGAUCUUAAUUUCGAACCUUGCGCCGUGUAAAUUUGUAAUGUGCGGUUUCUCUUUCUUGUUUUGAUUUGGGGCUGGUUAUUCAUAAGCAUGUGUAAUUAUUUAUAUUGAUAUGUUUGUUGUAGGCGACAUUCAUUUAAGAAAGGAACUCUUGUGUAUAUA